CUAACCUACAAAUACAAACUCUGUUUAAAAAGCGGUUUGUUUAUUUAUUUAUUACUAAGUUUUUCUAUUAAAAUGGACAUAAAAACGAUUGCAACUAAUAACAAAAUAACAGCUAUUUGUAGAGCUUGUUUAAUUAAAACUGACAGUAUGAAAUCUUUGUUGGAUAACAGUGAAGAAAUAGUUGAAUUAUUGGCAAAAUUUAAUUCUGUACUUAAUACAGAGAUUGUUGUUGAGCUUCAUUAUCCUUCAUAUUUGUGCAGUAUAUGUGAAGAUAAAAUUUUGAAAUUUUAUGAAUUCCAAGAGCAGUGUAAAAGAACAAAUUCUUUGGUCGGUGAAUACUUUUUGUCAAAAGAUGAUAUUAAAAUAGAACAUGAUGAAAUUGAUAAUUCAAAUGAAGAUUAUUCAGUUUUGCAACCCCAAAAAACGCCCGUGAAAACUAGUGAACAACAAAUGAGGCUGAAACAGUAUUCUAUUAAAGAUGUAGAGCAAGCCAUAAGUGCUGUUAGGGAAAAGUUUUUCAAGCAUGUGGUGUGCAUUUUCUGUAAUUUUGUGGCAAUUAAUAAUAGAAGUUUAUCAGUACAUAUGACGAGGCUGCAUAAAGAACUGAAGGAGGGAUGGUGUUCAACUUGUAAUAAGAUAUUUAACAGUUUAGAAGUACAUAAUAGUGACACUCAUAGGGAUGAUUUGAAAUGUCCAUUUUGCAACAAAAUUAGUACAAAUAUAAGUCAUUUUAUCGAACAUCUUUCCAGUCAUUCAGCUGAUCGGUUAUAUAAAUGUAAUAGUUGCUUGAAAUCGUUUAUAUCAUCUAGGCAUUUGAAGAACCAUAGAGAGGUCCAUAAUCGAGAUAGAGAAGUGGAAUGUAAGGUGUGUGGGAAGCAAUUUCUCAAAGUAAAAUCUUUAAAAAAUCAUUUCCAGAAGCAUAUUAGGAACAGAACAUCUGCUUUGACAAAAUCAACUAAAUCAAGUGACCAGUAUUGUAAUGAUGAAUGUCUUGACCUACCAGACUCAUCAACACCACAGAAUUAUUGUUCAGUAUGUACGAGGAAAGUCAGGAGUUUACCUAGCCAUAAUAAAAAAUAUCAUAACAGUGAUGAAAUUCUAGAAUUAAAAAAUAUCGAAAAUUUAUGUCAACACUGUGGUAAACAAUUCAAAACGCCGUCUAAAUUCAGGGUUCAUAUGAGGAUUCAUACAGGGGAACAGCCAUACCAGUGUCGCUUCUGCGAUAAAAGAGCUAAAACUAGAAAUAUUUUAGUUGUUCACGAGCGUACUCAUACAGGCGAAAAACCUUACACCUGCACUAUUUGUGGAAAGAGUUUUAGUCAAUCAAGUAUUUUAAACACUCACAAACGAUUACAUACGGGCAGGCCUGAGCAGUGUAAAAUUUGUGAGAAAAGAUUUUGUAGACCUGCACAACUAAAGUUGCACAUGAGAAAACAUACAGGGGAGAAACCUUAUAAAUGUGAUAUAUGUGGUUAUGGGUUUAAACAAAAAAGUCAUUUGGUCGAGCACAAGAGCACUCACAGUAGUUACAAGCCAUAUAAAUGCGAUAAAUGUGAGAAAGGAUAUAAGAGUGUCAGUGCACUUAAAGGACAUCUUCGUUUACAUUCUGGACAGCAUCCUGUAAAAACCGAAAAGUGCACUGAAAGUGAAAAGGAAUGCACUGUUGACAUUAUAACUGUGAAUGGUAUUGAAGAAAUUCAUUAUGAUGAAAAUUAUGUGGAAAAUUUGGACAUCCAUAGUAGCGUGGAAGCUGUUGAACAAAAGAUCCAGACUGUUAUAAUUGAGACGGAAGAAAUGGAUCAAAAUGACCUGCAACAGAUGAAACUAGACUUGGGGAGUUUAAUGAGCAUUGAAGGAGAAGAUUUAUAAACUAAACAGCGGUUUUACUGCUCGAAAUUUAGUUUUAAAAUCGUAUGUUUAUAGGAAAUAUAGUGUGUGUUGAGAUGAUAAGUUAUAUGUAUUGUGUACUGCUGAUUCUAGCCAGUAGAUAGCUCUAAUAGCACUGGACAUAUAAGCUAUCACAUAAAAUUGUAGAUAUACAUAUGUAUAUAAAAAUAUUUCGUUGUGUGUAAUAUCUAGUCAGAAGAUAUGUCAUUAUUAUUAUUUAAGCAUUACUAUAUCUUUUUACCCUAA